ACCGCCUGCCCAGGCUGUCCAUGUCAGGUCCUGAGGUUCAAAUUUAAAUCCCAUCAUUUCUUCAUUUCUUCAUAUGAUAAGUCUAUAUCUGACUGUCGCCUCAUAGCGGUUCUCGUAGUCGGCGCUCUUUCUUUAGUACUCAACUACUCGCUGCAACAUAUUAAUGGGAAACGCAGGCCGCAAAUUCAUUGAUCUCAUCAGACAGUCCACAGCGAAGUGGGCCAACUGGGACCCACCUAUACCCGUACAAGUCGGCGCAUAUGGUAGGCUGAAUACUGAGACGGGAGAAUUAGACAUCGAAGGCAACAUCUAUGAUCCGGAGUUCCAGGAGUUGCUGGAUAAGGUGGACGGGAAACUAAAGCUAGCAGAUUUCCCUGCUGAGACCGGUGCUGUGGAGGACGACUUCAUAGUAUGCACGAUGGGUGUGCGGCGGAACGACCUCAGGGUUGACGGAGAAAUGAAUGUCGCUGGUCUCGCCCAAGCAUCUAUCAAAGGAGAGUGGCAGUUCCAGCGCGGCAAGCGCGGGGCCCUCUUGAUCAUGCAUCAUCCGAGACAGGAAUAUGUUCCGCGCGGCAGGAUUUUAGAGACGCUCUACAAGGUCCCAGAGCUCAAGGACAUGCACAUCGUCAAUACCAUCUUUAAAUGUCCCGCCUACACCAUCUACCUUUCUGACAAAAGUGGAGAGAAGAUUUCCUUGGCGCUUACUCCCAGCGAGAAUGGAACUGAGCCCGAACAGUGGUGGUCGGACACGAAUGCAAGUCUGCUGCGGAAGGGGCAGCACAAGGAUUAUAUGUUCACGCCACUGUACGGGCUCAAGCGCAAGUUACCAUUGAUACGGCGUCUCAUGCGAGAGUCUCCUGUACCUGACCCCAAGGGGGAUGACUUUUGGGUGGACGUGCAUGCGCCAUGGGACCCCCUGGAUGAAGACGGCGAUGAGGACUAUUCACUUGAGGACGAAGACGACGGAUGGACGGUAAACACAGAGGGACAGGGGAACGUUUUGGAAACCGACAACCCAUGACCCAUUCCUGCAUGCUCGUGAUGAAUUUUCUAGUAGUCAUUCCCCAUUAUGAUUUCAUCUCCCCAAUUAUGUUGUAGCAUCGUCGCAAUGUUUUGUAUUAGCAUGAUUCCCUUAAUCCCAUUUUUAUCUAGGCACGUGUUGAUAUGCUGUAUGGAGUAGGAGUCCAGUGAGAUCACUUUCCGUAGCCUUUGUCUUUCCUUUUUCCAUCUCCUUCACGUCUAGGUAAUUAUCCUCUUCCCGCGAAGAUGCACU